AUGACUACAAUGAGGAAUAUUGAUCGGUCGAUUAAUUUUUGGUUUGAUAUUUUUUUACGUGCUUUUCUGGCAUUAUUAAUUGUGACGUUGGAAAGAACAGAACCAUUUAAUCGGAAAAUUCAUGAUGAUGAAGUCUGGCUUUAUAAAAAUCCUAAAACUUUAUCUUACGUACCAGUAACUGUUUUAUGGCCAGCAGUAUUUAUUGUUCCCAUGGUAGUCAUUUCAGUAUCAUUUCUUAUUCAUAGAGACAAAAUUGAUUUUGCUCAAGCAUUAUUGGCAGUGACAUUAGCACUUGGCUUAAAUGGAGUGUUAACGAAUAUUAUUAAAAUAAUCGUAGGCAGACCACGGCCAGAUUAUUUUUGGAGAUGUUUUCCAGAUGGUAUUGCAAAUGCAGAAUUUAAUUGCACAGGCGAUUCUCAUGAAAUUCGUGAUGGAAAAAAAUCAUUUCCCAGUGGCCACUCAUCAUUUGCAUUUACAAGUUUUGGAUUCGUAGCAUAUUAUUUAGCUGGUAAAUUAAAAACAUUCAGUUUAUCAGGAAAAGGACAUUCCUGGAAGUUAUGUAGUUUUUUAAUACCUUUAGGAGUUGCACUGUGCAUUGCUUUAAGUCGUACUUGUGAUUAUCAUCAUCAUUGGCAAGAUGUAGUUGUUGGAUCGACAAUUGGUAUCUUUAUUUCAUACAUGUGUUAUCGUCAUUAUUACCCACCUCUAGAUUCACAGUUGUGCCACAAACCUUACGCAGAAUUAAUUAAAGAAGGUGAUAUAAAAAGCAUUAAAGCAGCACGUGAAGACGAGAUAAAAUGGAUAUAA